CUACAACUACAAGAUGCUUACGAAGGAAAUGUUGUCACCAUACCUGCCAGUUAAUUGGUCAUGGCUGCUACUUACCGCCGUCGUAGCUUAUUCGUCCUUUUGGAUACUGAAAUUCAUCCAGCAUCGACGUUCCUAUCACAACCUUCCUACGCCACCCCAUAGCCUACUUUAUGGAAAUAUACCCCAACUGCUAGAGGCGAGGAAGAAAUUCCCUCCAGACAUGCAUCCUCUAGCAUAUUUCACUUCCAUCGCGCAAACCUACAACAUGCGGGGCCUGUUCUACUUAGACACAUACCCCAUCGCAGAACUAAUAGUGGUCAUCAUCGACCCCGACGUAGCAAAGCAAAUCCAAACAUCGCCCAAAACGUUCACUCGACAUCCAGAGGCUCUCCGGUUUUUAAAAGAUGUGCUCGGCGCCAAGGGGAUCUUCUUCGCACUUGGAGAGACCUGGUCUCGGACUCGAGGCUGGUUCAAACCAGCUUUCUCGAUGUCCCAUCUCUUAACCUUGGUACCAGGGGGCAUACUCGAGGAGACAUUGGUGUUCAAGGAAAUUCUUACCGAGCUCUCAGCUUCCAAGCGGAAAUUCCGCAUGUUUGAUCUCCUGCAGCGCCUCACAUUUGACCUUAUUGGACGGACAGUAGCCGAUGUCAGGACCAGGUCUCAGACGGAAUACUCUGCUGUUCAGGUUUGGCACAGCAAUGCCAUUCGUGCGGUCCCCGAUAAAGGCAAUUCGAUUUGGAAGCGGCUUGCGAAGACUAUUAUAUUCUAUUGGAGCAUAAGAAAUCUAGAUAAACAUCUGUUAAAGAUGAUCAGGGACAAGUACAAAAAUGGGCGGGAGAAUGAUAGGGAUAUGAGUAUUUUAGACUUGGCAUUGAGGGGAUAUUCACGAGAUAAAGGAACGCUUGAUGACGGCAACAUGGCAAGAGUCGAUUUGGAUCCCGAGUUCAUGGAAAUCGCUCUUGAUAACGCAAAGACUUUCUACGCUGCAGGGGCUGACUCAACACCCUACGUCCUCGGAUACAUUUACUACCACCUCACCAAAAACCCCAAAAUCCUCUCACGCGUUCGCGCAGAGCACAACCAGGUAUCUGGCAACCACAUCGAGACAACACUCUCCAAUAUCAAAGCUAAACCCCACCUCCUAAACGACCUUCCUUUCACCCAGGCCAUCCUCAAAGAAAGCCUCCGCCUCCACCACAUCGGCGCCAUUCCCCGAAAAGCAGUCCCCGGCAGCACCGCCACUUUCGAAGGCCGUACCUACCCCAUCGACCACCACAUGCUCCUCAUUCUCGGGGGGUGCCAUCCAGCGCGAUCCUCGCUAUUUCUCCUCCCCGAACACCUUCGAUCCAGAUCGCUUCCUACGACCAGAUUUCCACCCAGAUUCGAAGUCGGCAUAUAUGCCAUUCGAGAAAGGGCCCAGAGAUUGUAUCGGCCAGCAACUGGCUCUAUUAGAGAUGAAAAUUGUGCUUGUUUUGACGCUGAGGUACUUUGAUUUCGAGACUGUGUAUGCAAAGGAUGCGGUGAAGGUGGAUGGGUGGGGUGAUGAGGCGUAUGUUAUGAAACCGCUGUCUGGCAAGCCGAAGGAUUUUCUUCCUAUGCGGGUGAAGUUGAGGGAAGCAUAAGUAGUGGU